AUGAGCCGUCUCCUUGCUGGUGAUGAUGACCAAGUUGCAGCCACGGUGGCAUCCAGAGCGAUGAGCCUCAGAAUCACAGCCACAGCCUUCUUAAUCUUCGCCAUGGCUGCAAAAACACACUUUCUGUGGACGAUUGUUAUUCUCUAUUGGAGGAAUGGGUUGGAGAAGAAGCUCUGUUUCUCCGGGAAUGAGUAUUUGUUGGGAAUUGAAUUCGUCCUUCUUUCCGGUACCGGAAACGGAGAGCUGGUGUGGGAAGUCCUGGAUGGUGGUCUCAAGAACAAGAACAAGAUUGAAAUCAAGUGGUCUGAUAUUUUGGCUAUCAAGGGCGAUUUCCCUGACGAUGCUGAACUUGAAUCCUUGCACGUUGUGGAAGGACCUUCGCCAUCUGGAGUUCUGCCAUCAACUUCCAACGGUAGUACUGCUGACUGCCAACUUUUCGUUGGUAGGCACGGUGGAAGCAUUUCUCAGAAGGCUCCUUUGCCCAACCCUCAUGGACUUCUUAAACCAUCCAUGUCGAUCGAUGACCUCGUGAACUACAUUGGACACUGUACUUCAGAACUUAAAACUGGGGAAAUCCCAUUUUCAUUUGGGCAGCUCAAGAACGGCAACAUUCUGGAAGAGAUCACUUGGCACUUGCUCAGGGAUUCUCAGUUUACAUCAGAUGAGGAAUCCCAUCUCAUGUCGAGGCUUGAAUUAAGGAAGCAGCACCCACCGUCUCUAGCAUCUGAAGGUGAGGUCAAAAGUGGCCUUCUGUACAAGGCUGCUGCUUCUGCAACUAUGCCCCGGAACAACUCAAUCGGAGAGCUUCUCAACCUUCCAAGGAUUGCCUCUCUGCCAAGAUUCCUGUCCAACAUGUAA